AAAAUUCGUACGCAGACGCAGACAUUAAACAUUAUAACGACAGUUGGACAGCAUAGAAGUUGACAGCGGUAGUUUCGCUCGUCAAAACGUAACAAAUAAGAGGUGUUUUAUUAUGGAACAAGACGAAGUUGUAUUAGAAGAGGGCGAAUUGUCCGACGAUUCGGAUACGUACACACCGCUUGAAAGACCAGCUGACUAUUCGGGGACUCAACCAAACCCGCGUUUUCCAGUGGUGGUCCCUGAAUCUGAAAGCGAAACAGAAUUGCAGUCCUCUGAUUCAGACAGUGAUUCUGAUUCAACGAAUAGGAAAAGCAAGAAGCCUAAAAUUAAGUUAAAACCUAAAUUGGAACAGCCCAAAAGAAAGAAAUAUGAUAUUUGGAGCACUAGAGUCCAGGAAGAUGUUCUUUCUGAAACGUUAAAUAGCUGUGAUGUUACUAUUAAGGACAGAUCACGUGACGUGGAGACUUAUGAUUAUAGUUUAAGUCAUUUUAACAGGACGAAUAAUAAAAGGACAAGAGACGACAGGAAAAAUUCGAAUGUUAGAUCAGUGGGGCGACCCAAAAGUCAAGACAGGGCUAAAGGUCAUUCCAGGAAUAUAAUAGAUCUAACUGUUACCGCCUCAAAUACCCCGGAAGAAAUUGCAAAGGAUAUAGCCAAUAAAUUAUUUGAAGAAAAGGAGGAAUUGAUCUUGAGGGUACUUAAUACAUUGGGUAUAGAAAAAACCUUCAGUAUAUUUAAGGAAACUAAAAGGAUAGAAGAAGAAGGCGGAAUGUUAAUUAUGAACCAAACCAGACGUAGAACUCCAGGGGGCGUAUUCCUUUUUCUAGUCAGGCAUGACAACGAUUUAACACAGGAGCAAAAAAACAACAUUUUUGAUGACGAGAAGGAGAAAUCGAAGAUUAUGAUGAAGAAGAAACAAAAAAAGAAACUGAAGAAACUUAAAGAUGAAAUUGCUGCUUCGAAAAACAAACUUUUGCCUGAUUUAUUAACAAGAGCUGAAUUAUUAGCUAAGGAAAAUAAUCGCGUAAGAAAAGAGACUGAUGAGAGGGAUGUAAUUAAUCCACCACCAACGCCUGAAACAGAUGGUGGACAUGAGAACAGCGGCGAUGGCAUGGAUGGGGGUAAUGGAAUUGAUGACAGAAGGAAGUGUGAGACUUAUGACGAUGAUUUUCUUGAUAUAAAUUGUUCAAAUGAUAUGGACUUGUUUUAAACUUAUUUAUGGAAAAUCCAACAUCUGUAACAAAUAAAGUUAAUACUAUUUUCA